ACCUUUUUCUUUUACAAUUAAUAUUAGAUAGAUUUUGUUUUUUUUUUUGAAUAAGAGAUCUUGUUCUUCGUCUUCGAGACAGAGCAUUUUGCCGGAGAAGAGAGCAAGACCGAGACAGAAAGGGCGAUAUUUUUCUCUGAUUGCCCUCUCCGUCUCGAUCAAUCCUUAAUAAUCACAAUACAAAUAUUCUUCCUUUUCUAUUUCCAUUGCUUAUUCUUUGAUUUCUUGUGAUGUAUUUCCUUCCAUUUCUCUUUCCGUUAAUCCCCUGUCUUUGAUGCGACGGUUGAAUGCCCGUAAAAGGGACGGUUCUAAAAUUACCAAUAUGGAUCCAACCAAGCUGCACCUUCGACCCAGCAGCAGACCCAAUUUGUUCGCCAGGGCCAACUCCAAGAACUCCAAAUCCAGAUUGUGGGUUUCUCUUGCAGCCCUACUUGCGUUUGCUUUCUUUCUCUUUUCUCUCUUCGUUUUUGCAAGGAACUUAAGGAGCUCUUUGAAGAGAAGGUAUGGAAUAGUUAUUGAUGGAGGUAGCACCGGGUCUCGAAUCCACGUGUUUGGGUAUAGAGUCGAGGCUGGUUAUGGGGUUUUUGAUUUUGGGGAAGAGGGAUUGGCGUCUAUGAAGGUGAAUCCUGGGCUGUCGGCCUAUGCACGAGAUCCUGAUGGAGCUGGGAAGUCUUUAGUUGAGUUAUUGGAGUAUGCCAAGAGUCGGGUUCCAAGGGAUCAAUGGGGAGUCACUGAAAUUCGGUUAAUGGCAACGGCUGGGCUAAGAUUGCUGGAAUUGGAUGUGCAGAACCGCAUAUUAGAGUCUUGCCGGCAUCUGCUUCGGUCUUCUGGGUUUAAGUUCCAGGAUGAAUGGGCGUCGGUCAUCACAGGCUCUGAUGAAGGGACGUAUGCGUGGGUUGCGGCUAACUUUGCACUGGGCACUCUUGGAGGUGAUCCCCUUGAGACAACUGGAAUUAUUGAACUUGGUGGAGCUUCAGCUCAGGUUACUUUUGUUUCAAGCGAACCAAUACCUUCUGAAUUCUUGCGUACAGUUAAAUUUGGCAAUAUGACAUAUAGUCUUUACUCUCACAGCUUCCUACACUUUGGGCAGAACGCUGCUCAUGAUUCCUUAAGAGAAGGACUUAUUAAAGGAGAGUUCAACUCUGGAGGUAAAGUUUGUCUAUACAGUCGUCUCUGUUUACUGCCAAGUUUGAUGUCACGAUCUGGAUUGCAUGCUAGAACUCUUCAAAAUGGAUUGUCCGUGGAUCCUUGUACUCCCAAUGGGUACUCUCAUAUUUCGGAGUCGGAAGCACUAUCUCCAGGUUAUAUGGUGGAAAGGAAUAGAUAUUUAUCAACUUUUCAUUCUAAGGGAAACUUCUCUGAGUGCAGAUCUGUUGCCUUAAUGCUGCUGCAAAAAGGAAAAGAGAAAUGCACCAAUAGGAACUGCUCUGUAGGAUCCAUUUACACCCCAAAACUUAGAGGGAAAUUUUUGGCUACGGAGAAUUUCUUUUACACAUCAAAAUUCUUUGGUCUUGGAUCGAGAGCUUUUCUUUCAGACCUGAUGGUGGCUGGAGAGGAGUUCUGUGGUGAGGACUGGUUGGAGUUGAAAAAAAGAUACAAGCUACUCGACGAAGAGGAUUUGCUACGUUAUUGCUUCUCAUCUGCAUAUAUUGUUGCCCUACUUCAUGACAGUCUUGGAAUUGGAUUAGACGAUACGAGCAUCACUGCUGCAACUCACGUACAAAACAUUCCGCUCGAUUGGGCAAUGGGAGCUUUCAUCUUGCAAAGCACAGCUGCAAUAGAAGCAGAACCAGAGCAGUGGGAUUGGAUUGUGGCAAUCUUCGGCUAUGAGUUGCCCACCAAGUUCUCACUUAUUGCGGUAUCAAUUCUGUUGUUGUUUAUAGCAUGGUCUGUAUCAAAGUGGAGGAAACCUCAGUUAAAGACGAUUUACGAUCUAGAGAAGGGACGGUACAUAGUGACCCGUGUGACUAAAUCCUGAUAAAAACUAGUUUACUAGUUAAACUUUCCCUGGAUCGUUUGAUUGCACAAGGAAAGAACAUAACUACACUACACUACAUAAAAUUAUUAUACGAUUCAGCCUCCGUAUAGUGUCCCAUAGACCAAAUCUUCAAGUCCAAGAUGUUUGAUGAGAUUGUAUAUUCUGUGAUUUUCAUUCACAUCUCAUGUGGACAACUGUUGUAGAAAAAGCUUCCCUUUUAGCUUAGCAGGAGAACAGGGCUUCGUUCCCAUUGUCAGUUCCAUCACCGUUCCCACAACCAUCGCCACUGCCGGCUUAGGGUGAAAUGUGUAGGACUUACAUUAGAAAAAAUUUUCCUCUAAAAUGUAUCGACUGAUUUUAUGAUAGAAUUAAAUGUGCUUCAUGUGUCAA